AUGUUGCAUAAAUUUCCACUUGAUAAAAAUCGUCAAACAUUAUGGGUCGAAUCAAUUCAAAACUUUCAACCGUCAUAUAUAAUGAAGAAAUCCCAUUACGUUUGUCAAUGUCAUUUUUUAUCAACAGACUAUGAGUUAAACAACCUACUAAAAAAAACUGCUGUUCCAUUUGUUUUUAGUGAGUUUAUAACGUUGCUGCCUUAUACAAUUUUUGAGGACAAAAGUAAUUUCCCAUCUCAAUUUCCUUGUGAUCCAAAUACUAGUAAGAAUCUAGCAGAAGAGUUGGAAUGUUAUCCAUUACAGUUGAUGAAAAGUAACCAUAAUCAAUCCAAUAGUUCAAAAUCACCAUUAAAAACGAAUGUAAAACAAGAUUUUGCAGUUAUUAAGAAAUCCUGUUCACCUCGAAAAUGUUUUAUUGGUGAUUUUGAUGUCCAGGAUUUAAAUAGUCCAAGAAAGCGGUUACGGUAUUGGUCAGAGUCACAAAAUACAAUUAAAAAGUAUAAAAGAGAAAUUCUUUUAACGAAGAAAAAGAAUAAAAGACUCUUAAAUAAAAUUAAAAGUUAUAGACAACUAAUCAAUCACCUUAAAUAUAACAAUUAUAUUUCAGACUGUUAUUCAGUAAUUAAGGUAAAAACUACAAAUAAAUAA